AUGGCCUCAAAGAGGAAGGCCUCGGCCAUGAACGUGGCAGCACCUGACGAGCCCGUAGACCCCGCCGACGAGCUUGUCUUUACUUGUCUGGGAGGCGGGAACGAGGUCGGUCGGUCAUGUCACAUCAUACAGUACAAAGGCAAGACCGUAAUGCUUGAUGCGGGACAACAUCCUGCUUACGAUGGUCUGGCCGCAUUGCCCUUCUUCGAUGACUUCGAUUUGAGCACUGUCGAUGUGCUACUAAUCAGCCAUUUCCACGUCGAUCACGCCGCUUCUCUCCCCUACGUAUUGGCAAAGACCAACUUCAAGGGCCGCGUCUUCAUGACGCAUCCAACCAAAGCUAUUUACAAAUGGCUCAUCCAGGACAGCGUCCGUGUGGGCAACACCUCUUCGAAUCCGACGUCACAGCCCGUCUAUACGGAACAGGAUCACCUGAACACAUUCCCGCAGAUUGAGGCCAUCGACUACUACACAACACACACAAUAUCCUCCAUACGCAUUACUCCAUAUCCGGCCGGUCAUGUGUUGGGCGCAGCUAUGUUUCUGAUCGAGAUAGCUGGAAUGAAUAUUUUCUUCACGGGCGACUAUUCACGAGAGCAAGAUCGGCAUCUGGUAUCAGCUGAGGUACCCAGGGGUGUCAAGAUCGACGUGCUCAUCACCGAAUCGACAUAUGGUAUCGCAUCCCACGUACCUCGAGUGGAACGUGAACAGGCGCUCAUGAAAUCCAUCACGGGCAUUUUGAACCGCGGAGGGCGAGUACUCAUGCCAGUUUUCGCCUUGGGAAGAGCACAGGAGCUAUUGUUGAUCCUGGAUGAGUACUGGGGCAAGCACCAGGAGUACCAAAAGAUACCCAUAUACUAUGCGAGUAACCUCGCACGCAAGUGUAUGGUCGUGUACCAGACGUACGUGGGCGCCAUGAAUGACAACAUCAAGCGACUCUUCCGCGAGCGCCUUGCCGAGGCCGAAGCAUCGGGCAAGAGCGGGGCCGGUGGCGGAGGCCCCUGGGAUUUUAAAUACAUCCGGUCGCUCAAGAAUUUGGACCGCUUCGACGACCUUGGCCCCUGCGUCAUGCUUGCCAGCCCGGGUAUGUUGCAGAACGGAGUGAGCCGCGAGCUUCUCGAGCGCUGGGCCCCGAGCGACAAGAACGGCGUGGUCAUCACCGGUUACAGUGUCGAGGGCACCAUGGCAAAACAGAUCAUGCAGGAACCUGAGCAGAUUCCUGCCAUUAUGACGCGGACCGCUGCCGCAGCUUCAAGGCGAGCCGAUGGCGAGAAGCCCAUGAUCCCACGUCGCUGCAGUGUUGCAGAGUUCUCCUUUGCUGCGCACGUUGACGGCACGGAGAAUAGAGAGUUUAUCGAGGAGGUCGCUGCUCCGGUCGUUAUCCUUGUUCACGGAGAGCAAAACAACAUGAUGAGGUUGAAGUCAAAGCUUCUAUCGCUUAAUGCCACCAAAACAGAAAAGGUCAAGAUUUAUAGCCCCAGAAACUGCGAGGAGUUAAGGAUUCCAUUCAAGACCGACAAGACAGCCAAGGUUGUGGGUAAGCUGGCGUCGAUAACGCCGCCAACGCGACUGCCGGCCGAUGACGACUACCAACAGCAUCCGCAGCUCGUCACUGGUGUGCUGGUACAGAACGAUUUCAAGCUAUCACUGAUGGCGCCUGAGGACCUACGGGAGUACGCGGGCUUGACCACUACGACUAUCGUGUGUCGGCAGAAGAUCAUGUUGGCCGCAGCGGGCGUCGACCUCAUCAAGUGGGCGCUGGAGAGCACCUUUGGCGCCAUUGACGAGCUGCCCGAGAUGCGCCAGCUGCACAAACAAGCCCCUAAUGGCGACGAUAUGGUUCUGGACGGGAAAGAGGAAGACCCCGCGGACGAGGAAGUGGAGCGACCAGUCGCGGGCUACAUCGUCAUGGGCUCCAUCAACGUUCGCUGCUUUGGCAGCGGCGAGGUCGAGCUGGAGUGGGAAGGCAACACAAUGAACGACGGGUUCGCAGACGCAGUCAUGGCUGUGUUGCUGACGGUCGAGAGUAGUCCCGCUGCCGUGAAGAAAUCCGCAAGCAAGCAUUCACACUCGCACGCCCACCAAGAAGAGUAUGUGCUGCCGACACGCAACCUGCACGCGCGCCUGAGCCCGGAGGAGCGGCUCGAGCGGCUGUUCAUGUUCCUGGAGGCACAGUUUGGUGCAGACCACGUCUCACCCAUCAAGGACCCCAGGCUCCCAGCAUCGGAUGACACGUCUGGCGAGGCGGAGAAUGGGGACGAGGACGGCGGCAGGCAGAAGAGGCUGGAGGAGAGGCAGCGUGCCGAGAUUGAGCGGUUGCACAAGAUCGGCAUCCCUGUGCCCGGAGUGGCCAUCAAGAUCGACGACAAGCUGAACGCCAAGGUCUGGCUGGAGGACCUGGACGUCGAGUGUUCCAACAAGGCCUUUGGAGACAGGGUAAGGGUUGUGGUGGAGAGGGCCGUCGAGGUGACGGCUCCGCUCUGGGGUUGA